AUGCUGCACAUUGUGAGCGUGACAUCGCCGGUACCCUCCAUCGUUUUCUCUGUAUUAGCGCUUUUCACCAUCUCCUUUGUCGUCCUUCUUAUUUUGCGCCACUACCUCCCCUUGCGGACAACCCCAGCAUUCUACCUGGUUCCCAUCUUCUUCGCGCUAUGGCUUCCUGCAUGCAUGGUCCUGCUGGUUCCCAUCGACCUUGCCUCAAGUGCUCGAACCGAUGAUGAGGCAACCAGGGGCGUCUGGCUACCCGAUCGUGUCUUGCUGGUUUCGUGGAGGAUCACCUACUGGCUAACCUUUGCCCUCACUUGGUUCAUUCUACCUAUCCUCGGCGAGUAUUCCGAUGCUGGCUAUCGCGAUCCCAAGGAUAAUAUUAUCUAUUCCUUACGCGAAAAUGCCCAAUACCAUGUUAUGGUCUUCGCCGCCGGCUUUGUCGGCCUUAUUUACUUCGUCAUCUCAUACGGCUUCAACUUCACCUCUCUGAAGAGUCUGGUCAUGGCGCUGGCUUACUUCUGGGGCUUGCUCUUUGCAAUCUACCUCAUGGGUCAUGGGCUUGUUUCGAUUCCACGACGACUAUUCCGAUUUGCCUCGAUUAGCGGCAGACUGCGCCGCCUCCAGAACCGGGCGCCUAAGGUUUACGAGCGGAUGGAGGACGCGCUCCUUAAUCUAGAGGACAUUGAGGUUCAAAUAUCCGAGUUAAGCCGGCGGAAGGUCGGUAGCGCCAAGGAGUUCCACGAAUGGAUCGAAGAGCUCGCCGAGAUGGCGAAUUUGCCCGAAGCGCAACCACGCUCCACCUUCCGAGGUUCCGUUGAGAGUCGCAUCGUCCCGACCGUCAUCACAGAGAAAUACAUGGCUGAUUUGACGAGGAAGCUGAUGCGCGCUCGCCACGCGCGGUCGCGGUUCACCAACGAAUGGACCGACCUUGUGCAGCAAGCCUCUCGAACGCAGGCUAUCCUGGACUCUGGUGCUUCCAAGAAGCUUGAGUUCGGUCGCCCGUCUCCACACGCCGGAUACUGGGACCGAAAAACUUUCCUUUCCCCCUGUACGCGAUAUCUAUAUUACUACUACGUCCAACCUUACGCCAGCAUUGCUCUCGGACUCAUCCUGGCUGCCGCUUCGGCCUGCAUCAUAUGGUCCGAGCUAAUCAAAGCGGCGUUCCCCCGACUUUCAGUGAUCCGACUGACCGUUGUGCACCACUGGGUUGGAGAAAAAGGCCAGGUUGGACUCGCCGGGCAAGUCAUCUCAGUCUUGUGGCUCCUGUACAUGUGCGCAGCGGCCUUCGUCACCAUGACGGAAGUGAAGACCUGGCGAGGCCGCGCUCUCGUUCGCCGGAACACGGGUCAUGAGGCGGCCUUCUGGUAUGCAGGGCAGGUUGCGAAACUGAGCGUACCCCUGUCUUUCAAUUUUGUGACUUUCCUCUCCUCCGAGGUUUAUACCAAGACGUGGUUCUACAAAUUUCUUGGGCAAUACAUCAAAAUCACGUCGCUGGGCACGUGGCUCGACCACCUAUUUCCUCUGCUUAUCCUCUUGCCAGUGAUGGCCACUCUCUUUGGGCUCUACGGAAGGGUGCAGAGGUUCUUCGGCUUCGGAGUCGACAUCAACGACGACGAGGAGGGGACCCAGAGGGCAUAUGGCGCAGGAUCUUGGCGGGAAGGCCGGGACCUCAUCGAACGAGAAUUGAGCGGAAAUUCCAUCAUUCGAAGGCGCGACGAGGCCAUUGCCCGUCUGGGGGCAGCGGGGUCCCUGGACGAUCGGUCGGCACCCGUGCUGGCAAUCCCCGACGGGCGGCCAGGUGUCUCCUCAUCACCUCCGGCUAGGUCUCCGGUACGACCGUCUGCACAAGCACAGCGCGGCGGUCCGACACAGUCGACGUCCUCGGACCAGGACAUUGAGGAGGAGAAUUUUCUCGAGUCGUUGGGCCACCGAAUGAAGAACACGAUCGACACUUUUGAAGCACCCAGAUGGUUACAGGACAUUAGGCCUAAGUGGAUGAGUGGCGAGGAGGGUGAAGCAAGCACACGAAGGAGUCGACCGGCCGGCCGUGGUGGCGCUGAUUCGGAUAUCAGACGAUGGUUUGGGGGCGAAGGGAGGAUUCGCCUAUGA